AGAAUUUUCGCAAAGUCUCCUCAUUUCUCAAACAUAGUUUCCAGCGACUUCGCGAAGCGGCUCUUCGGAGUCAGCGGCAUCAGCAGCAGCAGGUUUUGUGUUGAAUGAGGAACCAAUCACUCUAUUUCGUCUUGAACUCGAGCGGUUACAGUGUAUUUUGCACUUCCCCGAGGAAGUCGCCUUCCAGCUCUCUGCCACAGAAUAUCAAUUGUUCUAUUCCAAUCAACCUAUGGAUUACGUCCGCUACGUGAGUUGUGAUCUUACCUCCGUUCCAAUCUCAGAAAACCCCAGUCCCGUUCGAAAUCUUGUUAGACGAUUAAGCGAGGUGUCGUCGUGGAUAACACAUGUAAUCGUAAGCCAACCCACGCAUGAUGACCGUAAGGUGGCUCUCACCGCUAUUCUUCGAAUUAUAGAGACAUGCUGGAAUAUAGCAAAUUUCAACGCUGCUGUCGAAAUUCUAAUGGGUUUGAAAAGUGAGAAACUAAGGCCAUUUUGGCUAUCACUUCGUCAAGAAGAAAAGAAAAAAUACGAAGAGUUAUGUGAAGUCCUUCUUCCAUCUAAUCAAGCUCUACCAUCUCAACCCUACAUAGAAGCAAUCCAAAGGGCUUUGCGAAUGCCGCAAUCACGUAUUAUUCCUUUUUUUGGAAUAUUCCUGCGGGAUUUGUACGCUAUUGUUAAUGAUCUUCCAAACAUAGUCGUAAUCGGUCACGAAGGCGAUGAAGGGAAACCAGACUUUACGAACAACCCAAAUCGUGAAGACAAUUCGGAGUCUGGAGUUGGAAGCGGAGGUCUACUGAAUGCUAAUAAAAUCAAUUUGGUCGCCGUAGUGCUAGACAAUUUGGAAUUGUUUCAUCGACACAGUCGUAACAUGACGAAACUAUUUGAACAGCGUUCUGACAAAAAUAAGCAAAGUGUUGAUGCCAAAGACGUGAAAGGACCUUUUCCUUCCGGGUUUGAAGAGGGAGAAUUGAGGCUGACAUCAGUGAAGGAAGUAGAACCGGUGGACAGUUACGAUCUCGAUAUAGAGGUACAAAAUCUACCACUGUAG